AUGGUCAGCAAAACGCAGUCAAAUUUCCCGCAACUUACAGUACGUUUUACACACUCAUUCAAUUUUCAUGCGAGAAACUCGAAAUUUCAGAGCAGAACAAGCGUAGAAACGUUAUUAUGUCACAGCCAGUCACCUACGUUCGCUGACACGAAAAGUCCCGAGCUGAACGAAGAAUGUGAGAGAUUCUCAUAGCAAUUACAGGGAAAACUUUAAAAAUUAGUCAAUUUUAUAGCAAAAUCGGACGAAAAAACAGAGAACAACGUCGGCGACGGACUGAAGUUUCGAGAUGUGCAAAAACGGCAUAUUGUGAGUUGUUUUCAUGAAAAACUUGCUUAAAUUCUAUCUUCAGCCUGUUUCACCCACAAAACAGUCGGAACCGGAGGUGAAAAAAGCGAAAGAGUCGUCGGAAGAGUGUCCGGAGCCGGCGAGACCCGCACGAUCGCUCGCCGAUUUUUGCAGCGAUGUGCGCGAGAGUCAAAAAAGAAUGGAGAAGAUUCUCUGCUCGAAUAUCGAUAUUCAUGAGGUUUUCGCUCAGAAAAUCAACGAAAUCCGUUCUUCUUUCAGAUGUACCGGGCGCUUCUAAAAUCGGCGUCGGCCAUUCCGUGCCCGCGAACUCUGGUGCUCACGAACGAAGAGCUUUUGCUGGAAAGUUCGGUGACCAAGUGCAGGUGCGGCAAUCAGCCCACGUGGGUUAUUUACUGCCCAAUUUCCCCGAAAACUGCGAAGUUUUUCCUCAAAAUCUGCGAAUUUAGCGUGGAAGAUCGCAAAUCGGCGAUUCUGAAUCUGUUCUCGCGGCGGUUCGCGCUCAAAGUCUGCUCGGAAACCCUCCAUUUGAGCGUCGGACUGCUCGACCAGUGUCUCGAUGUGAUGAUCGUCCAGAAAGAGGCUCUUGUCGACCUCGCCGCUGUCACCAUGGUCAUUGCAAGGUAUUUCAUCGAGUUUUGCCCCCUAAAUACGCGAUUUUUUUAAAGCAAAGUCGAGGAGAUCAACUGUCUGACGGUCUACACUGCGAUCUCGCACAAUCUCGUCGAGGGAAAGACCGUCAAGAUGGUGAAUUAUCAAAACUUCGUCUGAAUUUCCGUUUUUUUUUUCGCAGAUCUCUCUUCUGGAACGCGUGGUGCUCAACGCGCUCUCGUUCGAAGUGACCGUGCCCACUCCGCUCACCUACGCCACCUAUCUGCUCGUUCAUCUCGCCGCCAAUCCCACAAUAAUAUACUCAACUCAUGUACUUUUUUGCCUUCUUUUGAUCAUCUGACCGGCUAGUCGAGUAAAAGACCGGUUAAAAAACGAAAAAGAAGACGUUUUUACUGGUUCCUCAUCAGUUUCUCACCCGACCUGCCCUUUUCCAGUACCUCCUGGAGCUCUCCACGCUCUACGUUCACAACCGCAUCUAUCCGUCGGACGUGGUCGCGCACGCAGCCACAUGUCUCUCGUUCGCCCUCCACUGUGAUGUAGCUUUUCCCAAUUUUCUCGCAGGAAAUCGCGCAUUUCAGAGGAAUAAAUCGUGUCUGAAGGCGUUGCUCGACGUGGAAGUCCGUCUGCACACCUUCUCCGGCAUUGACGUGGCGUCGGAACGGACGAGGGAAGUGAUGCGGACGCUCGUCGAUUUGUUCGCCGUCGCCAUCGCCGAGGAUCAUUCAAUCUACCGCGAGUACUCCACGUUCCGCCGCCAUUCCGUCGCUCAACACCGCAUCGACGUGGCUCUUCUGAAGGCGUUGAAGAUUGAAAGCGCCUGA